UCAGCAGACCACCACACAAAUACUGGAAAAGCAGGACAAGAGACGACGGUUACACAGGGAUGUCUUCUUAUCAUGGUUGGACUUAGCACCGAAGGAAGAUUGCAUUUAAUACUUUUGGUUUUCUUCUGCGUGAACGUUGCUGUUUGGACAUCUGCACAAUAUGAGAGCUACAGUUUUAGGAGUUUUCCCAAAGAAGAGCUCCUUCCCCUCGCCGCUGCCUACGGACUGGCGCUGGACAGCUACGCAGCAGGAAACUGGACCGAAUCCAUCCGGCACUUGGAGCUGAGUUUGCGUUUGCACCGACUUCUGAGGGAAAGCGCGAGGCACUGUGUGAUCCACUGCCGCAGCAGCAGCAGUCAAGACGAGCUUCCUGUCUCUGCAGCGGCCUCGGAUCUCCAGGUCUCCUGGCGCGUCAUGAGGACGGCGUCCUGUCAGAAGAGAUGCAGAGCGUGUUUCCCCGUCCUGCAGCUGCCGCCUCCCGGCAGGCAGAUCCUAGAGGAGUUCAGCAGGAGAUCUCCGUACAGAUAUCUGCACUUUGCCCACUCAAAGCUGAACAACCUGCAGAUGGCUGUCCCGUGUGCCCACACCUUCCUCCAGAGCAACCCUGAGGACCAGGAGAUGCUCCAGCUGAUGGAGGAGUACAAGAUCAACUACGACCUCGACGGCUUCCUCGUCGACCACGAAGAACGGCUCUAUGAGGUGGGAACGACCAGCUGUACUGCAAAUGUUUGGGCUUCCUUUGUUAGCGGAGUGAAACUAGUCGACUCGGGUAACUUCAGCAGCAGCAUUGAACGCCUGGAGGAAGCCUUGAAGCUCUACCUCCAGGAGUACGACCUCUGUCAGGCAGAAUGCGAAGGGCUCAGUCAUUUUUCAUCCGACAGGGACUUCUACGCCCUAUUAGCAGACGUCUACAUCGACAUGUUGAAGUGCAAGAUAAAGUGUGAGGAACACCUAAAGCCCAACGUUGGAGGUCACUUUGUAGAGAACUUUGUGCCCACGCUUUACCACUACCUCCAGUUUGCCUAUUACAAGCUGAACGACGGUCGCAGAGCCGUGCCCUGUGCGUACAGCUACUUCCUGUUCCUGCCAGAAGACCCAGUUAUGAAGCACAACCUGCUGUAUUAUAAGGCCCACAGCCCACAGUAGGGUCUCCAGUCGCAUCACUUCACACCAAGAACAGAGGCCCUCAGGUAUUACAACCACACCGUCACUCAAAAACAGAUGUUGGCAUCUGUAGGAAAGUACUUGGAGACGAAUGACGAGGAUUUUUGUGGACCAGAAGAAAAUGCACUUUCAUCCUCAGAGUCCCCCGAUGCGGUGUUUGAGGGUGUGGGGGACUAUGAGGAGUCCAUCCUUGCAAACUGGAGGCAAACGAAAGGGAAAGGAGAUGCAGGAGAGGCCGACGUCUGAAGAAGUGAAGAGGAGCAGUGGUUGCAGUUCCUCGAACAACUAAUCAAAGCUUUACUUCCCCUGUUUGAGGUUUUUAAAUCAAUUAGUCCCCAAUACAUAUGAAAGAGGCAAACAUCAGGUAAUGUCAUGAGAUUUUCCAACCCUCUGUUUAACAAAGGAGCAACAAGUUUUAAACCAACCCUUGUUUAUUUUUUACGCGGCUUCCAAUUAGACUUUUAAGAGAUGUUUUAAGGGUUAUAACUUGUUUUUUGUCCAGCCCUUAAGCAAGGUUGACAGCCUUUCGUACAGAGAGGCAAACAAAAGAGAAAGCAUCUAAAGUAGUAGUUACAGCGAAUCAACUACAUCUCGGUUACAUUAAUAGGAAAGAAAAUCCUAUGCGAAUCAUCUUAAAGGGGUUUGGAAACUAUUUAGUCUUCUAGGCAUUUAUAUUUUGUUAGUUUAGACAUUCAGCUAAUAAAUGGGAAGGGAAAAAAAGUCUAGCCUUUGCAACAGGCUUAUGUUUUUACGUCUGUUGAUCCAGUUUGAAAUGGGUUUG